CCGCCGCCCGCCGCCCGCCUCGCGGGCCUCACCGUCCUCGACGGCGAGGGCAGCCUCACGCUCCACACCGUGGCCCUCGACAAGCUCGACGGCGAGGCCUACGUCAACAUCCGCAAGGGCAAGGUCAUCCCGGGGUACGAGCUCUCCCUCACCCUCUCCUGGGAGGCCGAGGCCGCCUCCGAGUCCGGCGCCGCCGAGGUCGCCGGCGCCGCCGAGGUCCCCUACCUCGCCGACGAGAACGCCGACGAGGACCCCGACCUCCGCGUCACCGUCCGCGGCGACGAGACCCCGCUCGCGCGCCGCGCGAAGGACGCCUUCCUCGCCCGCGGCAAGCCCCUCGUCCUCGAGAAGAUCCGCGAGUUCGUCGCCGCCAUGGCCAAGGGCGGCCCGGCCAAGGACGAGCUCGAGUCCAAGAAGACUCCCGCCAAGGCCGGCGCCGCAGCGCCUGGCGCCGCCCCGGCUGUGAAGAAGGAGGAGCCUCCCGCUCCUGCGCCGGCUGCGAAGGAGAAGAAGGCCAAGGGGAAGGACAAGGAGGGGUUCAAGACGAUUGAGAUGACGGAGAAGUUCUACUGCCGCGCCAAGGACAUAUAUGAGAUCUUGAUGGAUGAGAACAGAUGGAAGGGGUUCACACAGAGCAAUGCGAGGAUCAGCAGAGAGGUCGGAGGGGAAUUUAGCCUAUUUGAUGCAGUAGGCAAAUGUGAGGGUAGAGGGAAAUGGGAUGGUAGGGGCAAAUGUGUCAAUAGCAGUCUCAUUUAUUGCAAAUAAGCAACCCAAACCAAA